CUUGUCUCUCUCUUCUAUACCCUUUCUCACAGUGUCCAUGGCCACCGCAUUCUCCACCUCCACGUCACUUACCAGCCUGAUCUCUUCUUUACCUCCAUUGAAAAUUUCUUUCUCUUUCUAAACCUAACCCCAUCACUCUCUUUACAAAGAUCCAUUUUCAUUUCCAAACCUCCAAUGAACGAUAAAAAAGAAGAUUUGAGUCUUUGAUUUAAUGUUAUAUGUGAUAGGUCAGCAAUGCCAUACAGUUUAGAAAAAGAGGCAGAGAUGGAGGAGUAUGAAUAUAGAAAAUAUAAUGAAUUGAAGAAAGGAGUCCUCAAGGUUAAAGUUUCAAGGUCUACUUAUAAAUGUCCAUUCUGCCAUUGGGACAAGGAUUAUGAUUAUCUUUAUAGAGAGCUGCUGCAACAUGCUUCUGGUAUUGUUAACUCCAACAAUAGCAGUAUUAGAGAAAAAGCUCGGCACAUGGCAUUGAAGAAGUUUAUGAAUAAAUAUCUUAUGGAGAAGGAUCAGUUAGAAACUGCUACCAAGUCUGAGAGACUUGGGGUACAUGAUAAGGGACAAGAUCAGUUGUUUGUCUACCCUUGGGUGGGUAUUGUUGCCAAUAUUAAAACUCAGCAGAAAGAUGGACGUUAUGUUGGUGAGAGUGGCUCGAAACUUUGGGAAGAGUUCAAGAACAAAGGAUUUGAUCCCCUGAAGGUUCUUCCAUUAUGGAACCGUUCGGGUCAUUCAGGGGUUGCUGUUGUGGAGUUUAACAAGGAUUGGGCUGGAUUCAAGAAUGCAAUUAAUUUUGAGAAGAGUUUUGAAGUUAGUCAUCAUGGGAAGAAGGACUUUUGUGCGGCAAAGAACCUAGGAGAUAACCUGUAUGGAUGGAUUGCUCGGGAUGAUGACUACUACUCAAAAGGCAUAAUUGGUGAUCAUCUUCGUAGGAAUGGGGAUUUGAAGACUGUUUCUGGGAAAGAAGCGGAGGAUCAGAGGAAAACAUCAUCACUUGUGACAAACUUGACCAAUACCUUGGAGAUUAAAAAUAUGGCUCUUAGAGAGAUGGAGAGCAAAUUUCUUGAGACUAGCAAUUAUCAUGAGGAAGUGAUGGCACAAAUAGAUGAGGUGAACAAAAUCCGUAAUGAAGAUAUAAGAAAGAUGCAGCAGAUUGCACGUGACCAAUUUGAGAAGGUGUUGUUAGAUCAUGAGAAGGUUAAAUUGCAAAUUGAAGCCCAAAGAACGCAAUUAGAGAUGCAUGAAAUAGAACUGCAGCAUCGAGAAGCCCAAAAUGAAACUGAGAGGCAGAAACUUCAUCAAGACAAGCUAACGAAUGAAAGGGCGGACUUGGAGCAAAAGAAGGCUGAUGAAAAUAUGUUGAGGCUGGCAGAAGAUCAAAAGAAAGAAACGGAGCAAAUGCGCAGGAAAAUUAUUGAAUUAGAAAAAACACUUGAUGCCAAACAAGCAUUGGAAUUGGAGAUAGAGCAAAAGAGAGGUACUUAUUUGGUAAUGAAACACAUGGCAGAAGAAGAUCUUGAUAUUAAGAAAAAGAUGGAUGCAGUUCUUCAAGAUAUAAAGGAGAAGGAAGAAGAACAAGAACACAUGGAAGAACUUAACCAAGCUCUUAUUGUCAAGGAGAGGAAAACUAAUGAUGAAUUGCAGGAUGCUCGCAAGGAGUUAAUCAAUAGUCUGAGGGAGGGGACAUCCCGUGCUAUUAUUGGUGUGAGGAGAAUGGGAGAGCUCAACAGUAAACCAUUCCUCAGUGUAGCAAAGAAAAAAUUUCCUAAGGAAGCAGGUGAGAAAGCAGUAGAACUAUGUUCUCUGUGGGAGGAAUAUCUAAGGGAUCCUAGCUGGCACCCUUUUAAAAUCAUUGUGGACAAAGAUGAAAACUGUAAGGAAUUUGUUGAUUUAGAGGAUGAAAAACUGAAAAAUUUAAAGAAUGAGUAUGGUGAAGAAGUUUUUGAUGCUGUGACCACUGCCUUGACUGAAAUGAAUACAUACAACCCAAGUGGCAGAUACACGGUACCAGAGCUAUGGAAUUUUAGGGAAAAUAGGAAGGCAACUUUGAAAGAGGGAAUGACACAUUUGUUGAAACAGUGGAAAGGGAUUAAACGAAAAAGAAACUGAAGCCGAGGGAUUGGGAACAGUGACCUCUUCUUACAUGCUGAAUGUUGGCUUGUAAAUUUUGACUAUGCAGCAACUAAAAUAUUUACUCAAUUGUCUAUGGGUUGUACAUUUCAGGAGGUUGAAUUGGUAUAGUUUUUUUUUAGAUUUCAUCAAGUAAUGAUGUUAUAAAAAUUUCCUGGAAACAAUGAUUUUGUCAGAUUCAGUGUUUGAAUAUUUUAAAAUGCAUUUGGGAA